AUGCCGGGCGAACAAGAUAACCGGAAAAUCCUUGCCGCCUGCCGCAAUGGAGACCAGCAGGCAUUGGAGAGCCUGCUCCAGGAAUUCGACAUUGGUCCUGACCACUGCCAGUUGUAUAUGAACCAGUCUAUCCCGGAGGAGCAGCAGACGCCUAGAGUCCACGAAAUGCUCGCGGCUGCCAUCCGGGGACAGCACCUAGACAUGGUCAAGUUUCUGUUCUCAAGGUUCCACAACACCAGCCUGGGCACCCUGCUAGGCUUGGCCAUCAGGAUGGGCGACGUGCAGUUCGUCGAGGGCCUGUGCAGCAUCGACCCCGACUCGGCCGAUUCGGAGGAUGAUUAUAGUAGUAUUCUUUUCUACACCGUGAUCUCUGGGGAUGAGAGGAUGGUCAGCAUCUUGCUAAAGGCCGGAGCAGACCCCAACAGGUCGGCCUGCCGGGCGUUACCGUGGAAUGUCGCGUACUAUGCCGUGACCGGGCAGAAGCCGGCAUCGAUGUUCGAGUUGUUCUUCGACCAUGGGUAUUUCGUUGAUCACUGGACCCUGCGUCAGGCCGUGGAGAGCGAGCGCCUGGACGUGGUCGAGGUGCUUCUCAGGAGAGGCAAGGCCUUUCAUUUACGGCGGGCAACUCCGGUGAAGGAGCUUCUGGGCCUAGCCGAAGAGAAUAAGGACUGGGAGAUGGUUGAGAUGAUCCAGAGAAUGCAUCCGGACGGGCAAAAGAGACCGGGGAAGGGUCUUGUGGACAGGAUUCUCAAGCUCUUCAACUUAAAAUGA